ACACUGACACAGAUUCACUAGUGUAUCAUGUUCAGACAGAAGAUUUUUAUGUGGACUUGACGGCUAACCACAGCUUGUUGGAUAGGAUGGAUACUGCUAACCUGCCCAUUGACCAUCCUUGUUAUGUGGCAGAAAGAAAGAAGACUCCGGGCUUCUUCUCCGACGAUGUGGACGGGGAUAUUAUUACUGAGUUCUGUGGGUUGAGGGCCAAGUCGUAUGCCUAUAAUAUAUAUGCUGUAGAGGGCAAAGUAGGAGGAGGAGAAAAUAUCAAGGCGAAGGGUAUCAGAGCUCAUGUGGUUAAAAACCAUAUGACUCUUGAAGACCAUAGAAAGUGCCUGUUUGGAGAAGUUGGACUGGAGUUGAAUAGAGACAAUGUAUCGAUACGGUCAUUUAAUCACCAGCUUAUGACAAUAAGAACUAAUAAGCUAACGUACAACAGCUAUGAUGAUAAGAGGGUGGUGUUAGAGGACAAAAUAAACACACUAGCCCAUGGUCAUUAUAGUAUAGAGGAGGAUGAUUAGCCUGAGAUCAUAACUGGAAUGAAGAAGAGAGACCUUCAACAUUGCUUAACCUGAUUUUAUAUAUUUUUAUUGUUAUAUAUUGAUUAUUACAAAUAACUUAUAAACAACUGUUUAGUUUUGUAUAUCUAAUAUAUAAAAAUAAGUCCGGUUUUCCUCCCUGACGCUAUAACUCCAGAACGCACCAACCGAUUUCCAUGGUUUUGCAUUCGUUGGAAAGGUCUUGGGCUACGUGAGGUUUAUAGCAAAGAAAAUUCUUGAAAAUUCAGGAAAAAUUCAACAGAAAAGUGUUGAAAUCGUUUUUCACAUACAGCGCCAUCUAUUAUACAUCUAUUAUAUCUUUUAUAUAUUAUUUUUAUGUACUUCAAACCAAUAGCAACGGUGCGUGAUAAAGUGUUUGACAGAUAGUCAUUAUUCUCUGCUCAGUUAAUUUCAUUUAAGCUCAGUGUAAAUUAUGUGGAUCGUGCAUUUGAAGUUAAAUUCAACAC